AUGAUAGAAAUCUGCCCAGGUGACUGGGUGUAUGGAGUAACAAAAUGUUUCCUCUUUGACGGCGUCAACUCACGCAACUGGCAAGAGGCACAUGAUUUCUGCGAUGGUCUAGAUGCGGUUACCCUUGGCAACGGAGAUGUGAUUGGUCCAUCCCUGGCAUUUCUAGAGAACCAAGAGGAAUUUGCUCUUUCCAAGACUCAUUUGCCCAACUCUUGGGUCUGGUCGAAUUGCAACAAAUUGAAUAUCAAUGCGCCGUGGGUGUGUGUGACUGAUAGAGCGGGAACUACCAGCCAGUAUAGAGAUUGGGGUCCUGGACAACCAGAGGAUGAUAGAUGUGUGAUUUCCUACCAGGAUCAAAUGCACGACCAAGACUGUAAUAUAAACUCUGGUACAGGCACAUCUUGCCAAGUCAACAUCUCCGCAUGA